AUGAAUCUUGAAGAAAUUACACUGGAUUUGCCCAAAGUUCAAGAGCCAAAAAAAUUAGACGUACUUAUACAUGUUGGUAACCCACCAAAUUCAGCAACAAUAAAAGAAAAUUCAGAAAUUUUAAAAGAUCGAUGUGAAUACUUUCGUACCCAUUUGAAUGAUGAAUUGGCAAAAACAAAAGAUGGAUUGAUGGUGAUUAAUUUACCAUCUAUUUCUCCAGAAGUUUUUUAUUUCAUUCUAGAUUAUAUUAGAGACGGUUGGAAGACUUUUGGAUGUCGACAAGAUGAUGGAAAAAACACACUAGAUCGAUUAAUAGCUCUUGAAGAAUUAGGAAUACAAGAAUUGCUCACUCCCGGUCAAGAAUAUUUAGUUAAAAACCAGUCAGGUUGGAUUCGGGAUAAUUUCGCACUUGUUUAUAAAACUACAGCAAAAAUACCAUCAUUGGACAUUUUACGAAAAUACGUACUUGGAAUAUUACGCCAACAACCUCGAUUAUUACUUAAUCCAAAAGACAUUAAACAUUUGGAGAAAGAGGUUUUAAUAUGGUUGUUAAAAAAAGAGGACGUCCAAAUGGAUGAAUUAGAGAUCUGGCAAAAUGUGGUUUUUUGGGGAAUUGGACAGAACCCUUCGUUAGGUCCUAAAAUAUCAUCGUGGACAUCGGAAGAAAUGAAUUUGUUCGGUGAAACCAUAGGACCUUGUCUUCAAUUAAUAAGAUUUGAACACAUUUCAAAUGAAGAUUUUUGUAGGAUAGUAUUACCUUUUCAAAGGUUUCUUUCGCCAGAACAACAACGUCCACCACGUAUCAAUUCUUCCGAAGAUACAUUAAAUAGUGGCGGUUCGUUUCCUCGCUUGACGCGACCGAGACGAACGGCAUUUAUAGAUUCAAAUAUUAUUAGCAUUUCUCAUGCUGCUUUGAUAGCAAGUUGGAUAAAGCAUAAACCAUCAAUAAAUUCGCAAGUUAGAACAAACCUAAAAUUUCAAAAACCAUCAUCAAUUCCUUAUAGUUUUCAACUUUUAUAUCGAGCGAGUAGAGAUGGAUUUUCUACUAAGGUAUUUCAUAAAUGUGUUGAUAAUUGCCUAAACCCGACAUUCACUAUUAUAAAAUUAAAACUCUCAUCACAAAUAAUUGGUGGUUUCACAUCAAAAUCAUGGCAAUCACCACCAUUAAAUUUAUCUAAGAUUGUAAAUGAUCAUGAAUCAUUUAUAUUUUCAUUAUGCGAUCCAAGUGGAGAUGAAAAAUUUGCGGACUUUAGCAGGCCUAAGUCAGGUUAUUAUCCUUAUAUGUUUAGUUCAAAAUAUAUAUAUUAUGGGAAAAAUGCUAUUAAGUUAAAUAAAUCAAGACCUUCUUUCGGAAGAACCGAUUUACAAAUAAGAGAUGAUGGUGUUUGUUUUUGCAAAGUUUGUGAUUAUGAUAAAGCCAUUACUUGGGGUAGUGGAAAGUUCGAAAUGGAAGAAUGUGAAAUUUCUUGUAUUCCACGUAUUGCAUUAUUGAAUCACACUAAUCGGCAUAUUACUGGUGCAUGUCUAAUUAGAACUUCACUUCGAAGUCGUGAUUAUAUUAAAUGUUUGCACGAACCACUAGACAACUUUCAUAUGUACUUUGUGAAGCAACGGAAUAAGCAGCCUAGAUCCUGCACAAUGUGGACGAUACAGUCGUGCUUCAUAGUAAAUGAGCAACCAAACAGAGAAGGUUACAAUCUAUCAUCGGAGUUUGAACAACAUUCAAAUCCUG